AUGAUACUCUGUUUGCUGGAAGUCAUUGGGCUCUCCAGCAGGAUUUCGCUCCAGCUCACAAGGCCAGGUCAACACAGCAGUGCCUGCAAAAGAACAUUCCAGAGUUCAUCUCUGCCUCGUAUUGGCCCUCAGGAAGCCCUCAUCUCAAUCCACUGGAUUAUCGGCUUUGGUCCGAAAUCCGAAAGGAUGGCAUGCCACAGAACACACUCUAACUUAGAAGAAAGCCUCGAACAAUCUCUGGUCCGAGCAGUUGAGCGCUUACCUGAAGAAGUGUUGCGGCAACUCGAUAAAUAUUCAAACGGGGCAGCGGCAAAGAAAGUGGGUAACGUGGAGCAGAAGAUCGAUAAGCGGUUCUUUGUUUACUUCGCUAAUACUUUACUCCCCAGCAGGCAAUUUGGAAGCAAUAUCUGUUUGAAUAUAACUAAAGAAACUCAAUUCCAAACUUCAAAGGCAGGCUCUAUAAUAAUAUUGACGCUAUACAGCGAGGAGACCACUGAGGUUGCUACGGUAUUCCCUACUGCAAAGCUUUUAAAUGGGAUAUCAUUCAGUCACGGUGGCGUGGCACCCACGCGAGCGACUAAUCCAUCAUUCCUUUAG